UUUAAAUCUAGAAAGAUGAUUCGACCCUGGAAUCGUUGACAUUGAUUACGCCGUCACUGGAUCCGGGUUGCGUCCAGGCUUUGCGAUUGUCGUUUUUCGUCUGGAAUAUUCUGACGUUCAGCCCCGCUUUUUUUUCAUACAACCGCGAGGUUUCCCGCCUUCGACCUCGCAUCCCCUGCGCGCGGGUCUGGGCAGCUCGCCUCGGUUUUUCCUGCCUCGGAGAUCUCGGAGACCGAGUUCUCUUCGUCGUCUCUGGGAGAGGAAUCCGCCGCCUUCGGCCAUGGCGCCUCCUCUGUCUUCACGCACGCGGAGCAGUUCCUCUGCCGCACUGCAGAAGCCAGCACAUGGAGUGGAUAUACUCGCCAGCCUGGCAUUAAUGGGCACCAAUGUUCAUACAGCACGGAUCCACAAUGUCUGCAUGAAGAAGCACCAGAGAACACACACGGGGGAGAAGCCCUUCAAGUGCACUAUGUGUGAGAAGGCAUUUGCACAAUUAAACCAAAUACUCAAACAUCAGCAAACACACAGGGGUGAAACACCCAUAAAGUGUGCUCUGUGUGGAAAAACGUAUGCAAAGUCAUCACAUCUUUACAGACACCAGACAACACACAUGGAUGAGAAGCCCUUCAAUUGCACCGAGUGUGGGAAGUCAUUUAAACGUUUUGAAUCUCUUCAAAGGCACCAGAGAAUACACACAGGCGAGAAGCCAUUUAAAUGCACUGUGUGUGGGAAGGCAUUUCCACAGUCAAUACAUCUUACCAACCACCGAAGAACGCACACAGGCGAGAAGCCAUUCAAGUGCACUGUAUGUGGGACGGCAUUUGCACAAUCGGGAGAUCUUGUCAAACAUCAGCGAAUACACACGGGUGAAAAGCCUUUCAAGUGCACUGUGUGUGGGAAGGCAUUUGCACGGUCAGAAGUUCGAACCAAACAUGAGAAGAUCCACACAGGAGAUAAACCAUUCAAGUGCAUUGUGUGUGGGAAGGCAUUUGCACAUCCAUCACUUCUUAAAAGACACCAGAGAAGUCACACAGGAGAAACACCCUUCAAUUGCACUGUGUGUGGGAAAGCCUUUGCAAAGUCAUCACGUCUUAAAACACAUCAGAGAACACACACGGGAGAGAAACCCUUUAAGUGCACUGUGUGUGGGAAGGCUUUUGCAGAGUCAUCACAUCUUAAAAUACACCAGAGAAGUCACACAGGAGAGACACCCUUCAAGUGCACUGUGUGUGGGAAGGCAUUUGCAAAGUCAUCACAUCUUAAAACACACCAGAGAAUACACACAGGAGAAAAACCCUUCAAGUGCACUGUGUGUGGGAAGGCCUUUGCAAAGUCAUCACAUCUUAAAACACACCAGAGAAUACACACAGGAGAAAAACCCUUCAAGUGCACUGUGUGCGGGAAGGCGUUUGCAGAGUCAUCACAUCUUAAAAUACACCAGAGAAGUCACACAGGAGAGACACCCUUCAAGUGCACUGUGUGUGGGAAGGCCUUUGCAAAGUCAUCACAUCUUAAAACACACCAUAGAAUACACACAGGAGAAAAACCCUUCAAGUGCACUGUGUGUGGGAAGGCCUUUGCAAAGUCAUCACAUCUUAAAACACACCAGAGAACACACACAGGAGAAAAGCCCUUCAAGUGCACUGUGUGUGGGAAGGCGUUUGCACAUUCAUCAGUUCUUAAAAGACACCAGAGAAUACACACAGGAGAAACACCCUUCAAGUGCACUGUGUGUGGGAAUGCCUUUGCACAGUUAUCACAUCUUAAAACACACCAGAGAAGUCACACAGGAGAAACACCCUUCACGUGCACUGUGUGUGGGAAGGCCUUUGCAACGUCAUGUCUUAAAACACACCAGCGAACGCACACGGGAGAGAACCCCUUCAAGUGCACUAAACCAUUCAAGUGCACUGUGUGUGGGAAGGCGUUUGCACAUUCAUCACUUCUUCAGGCCCACCAGAGAAGACAUACAGGAGAGAAACCCUUCAAGUGCACUGUGUGUGGGAAGGCAUUUGCAUGGUCAGCAAUUCUUCAGGGCCACCAGAGAACACACACGGGAGAGAAACCCUUCAAGUGCACUGUGUGUGGGAAGGCGUUUGCAUGGUCAUCACAUCUUAAAAGACACCAGAGAAUACACACAGGAGAAACACCCUUCAAGUGCACUCUGUGUGGGAAGGCGUUUGCAUGGUCAUCAAUUCUUCAGGGCCACCAGAGAACACACACGGGAGAGAAACCCUUCAAGUGCACUGUGUGUGGGAAGGCGUUUGCAUGGUCAUCACAUCUUAAAACACACCAGAGAAUACACACAGGAGAAACACCCUUCAAGUGUACUGUGUGUGGGAAGGCGUUUGCACAUCCAUCAAUUUUUCAGGCCCACCAGAGAACACACACGGGAGAGAAACCCUUCAAGUGCACUGUGUGUGGGAAGGCAUUUGCAAUGUCAUCACAUCUCAAAACACACCAGAGAAUACACACAGGAGAAAUAUCCUUCAAGUGCACUGUGUGUGUGAAGGUCUUUGCACAGUCAUCAAAUCUUAAAAGACACCAGAGAAUACACACAGGAGAAACGCCCUUCAAGUGCACUGUGUGUGGGAAGGCAUUUGCAAUGUCAUCGCAUCUUAAAAUACACCACAGAAGUCACACAGGAGAAACACCCUUCAAGUGCACUGUGUGUGUUAAGACCUUUACACAGUCAUCAAAUCUUAAAAGACACCAGAGAAUACACACAGAAGACACACCCAUCAAGUGCACUGUGUGUGGGAAGGCAUUUGCACAUUCAUCACUUCUUAAAAUACACCAGAUAAUACACACAGGAGAAAGACCCUUCAAGUGCACUGUGUGUGGGAAGGUGUUUGCACGUUCAUCACAUCUUAAAACACACCAGAGAAUACACACAGGAGAAAGACCCUUCAAGUGCACUCUGUGUAGGAAGGCAUUUGCACAUUCAUCACAUCUUAAAACUCACCAGAGAAUACACACAGGAGAAACGCCCUUCAAGUGCGCUGUGUGUGGGAAGGCGUUUGCACGUUCAUCAAAUCUUAAUACACACCAGAGAAUACACACAGGAGAAACGCCCUUCAAGUGCACUGUGUGUGGGAAGGCGUUUGCACGUUCAUCAUAUCUUAAAACACACCAGAGAAUACACACAGGAGAAACACGCUUCAAGUGCACUGUGUGUGGGAAGGCAUUUGCACAGUCAUCACAUCUUAAAAGACACCAGAGAACACACACAAGAGAUAAACCAUUCAAGUGCACUGCAUGUGAGAAAGAAUUUUCACGGUCAUCAUGUCUUAAAAAACACCAGCAAACACACGCAGGAGAAGAACCCUUAAAGUGCACUGUAUAUGGGAAGGGUUUUCGACAAACGGCCCAUUUACACAUUUCGAGGCGUUUGUCAACAGGAGAGAAACCAUUCAAGUGCACUGUGUGUGGGAAAGCGUUUGCACAUUCAUCAAGUCUUCAGGUCCACCAGAGAACACACACGGGAGAGAAACCCUUCAAGUGCACUGUGUGUGGGAAGGCAUUUGCAAUGUCAUCACAUCUUAAAAGACACCAGAGAAUACACACAGGAGAAACACCCUUCAAGUGCACUAUGUGUGGGAAGGCCUUUGCACAGUCAUCACAUCUUAAAACACACCAGAGAAUACACACAGGAGAAACACCCUUCAAAUGCACUGUGUGUGGGAAGGCGUUUGCACAUUCAGCACUUCUUAAAAGACACCAGAGAAUACACACAGGAGAAACGCCCUUCAAGUGCACUGUGUGUGGGAUGGCAUUUGCAAUGUCAUCACAUCUUAAAACACACCAGAGAAUACACACAGGAGAAACACCCUUCAAGUGCAGUGUGUGUGGGAAGGGGUUUGCACAUUCAUCACAUCUUGAAAGACACCAGAGAAUACACACAGGAGAAACACCCUUCAAGUGCACUGUGUGUGGGAAGGCCUUUGCACAGUCAUCAAAUAUGAAAACACACCAGAGAAUACACACAUUAGAAACACCCUUCAAGUGCACUGUGUGUGGGAAGGCCUUUGCACAGUCAUCACUUCUUAAAAGACACCAGAGAAUACACACAGGAGAAACACCCUUCAAGUGCACUGUGUGUGGGAAGGCAUUUGCACAUUCAUCACGUCUUAAAAGACACCAGAGAAAACACACAGGAGAAAAACCCUUCAAGUGUAUUUUGUGUGGCAAGGCAUUUGCACAGUCAUCACAUCUUAAAAUACACCAGAUAAGUCACACAGGAGAGACACCCUUCAAGUGCACUGUAUGUGGGAAGGCGUUUGCAGAUUCAUCAAUUCUUCAGGGCCACCAGAGAACACACACGGGAGAGAAACCCUUCAAAUGCACUGUGUGUAGGAAGGCAUUUGCACAGGUAGGAAAUCUUAAAAGACACCAGAGAACACACACAGGAGAGAAACCAUUCAAGUGCACUGUGUGUGAGAAGGAAUUUUCACGGUCAUCAUAUCUUAAAGAACACCAGCGAUUACAUACAGGAGAGAAACCAUUCAAGUGCACUGUGUGUGGGAAGGCGUUUGCACAUUCAUCAAGUCUUCGGGUCCACCAGAGAACACACACGGAAGAGAAACCUUUGAAGUGCACUGUGUGUGGGAAGGCAUUUGCAAUGUCAUCACAUCUUAAAAGACACCAGAGAAGACACACAGGAGAAACACCCUUCAAGUGCACUAUAUGUGAGAAGGCCUUUGCACAGUCAUCACAUCUUAAAACACACCAGAGAAUACACACAGGAGAAACACCCUUCAAAUGCACUGUGUGUGGGAAGGCGUUUGCACAUUCAUCACUUCUUAAAAGUCACCAGAGAAUACACACAGGAGAAACACCCUUCAAGUGCACUGUGUGUGGGAUGGCAUUUGCAAUGUCAUCACAUUUUAAAACACACCAGAGAAUACACACAGGAGAAACACCCUUCAAGUGCACUGUGUGUGGGAAGGCGUUUGCAUAUUCAUCACUUCUUAAAAGUCACCAGAGAAUACACACAGGAGAAACACCCUUCAAGUGCAGUGUGUGUGGGAAGGCAUUUGCAAAUUCAUCACGUCUUAAAAGACACCAGAGAAUACACACAGGAGAAACACCCUUCAAGUGCACUGUAUGUGGGAUGACCUUUGCUCAGUCAUCACAUUUUAAAACACACCAGAGGAUACACACAGGAGAAAAACCCUUCAAGUGCACUGUGUGUGGGAAGGCGUUUGCAGAUUCAUCACAUCAUAAAAGACACCAGAGAAUACACACAGGAGAAACACCCUUCAAGUGCACUGUAUGUGGGAAGGCAUUUGGAGAGUCAUCAUUUCUUAAAAGCCACCAGAGAAUACACACAGGAGAAAAACCCUUCAAGUGUACUUUGUGUGGGAAGGCAUUUGCACGGUCAUCAACCCUUCAGGGCCACCAGAGAACACACACGGGAGAGAAACCCUUCAAGUGCACUGUGUGUGGGAAGGCGUUUGCAGAGUCAUCACAUCUUAAAAUACACCAGAGAAGUCACACAGGAGAGACACCCUUCAAGUGCACUGUGUGUGGGAAGGCCUUUGCAAAGUCAUCACAUUUUAAAACACACCAGGCAACACACACAGGAGAAACACCCUUCAAGUGCACUGUCUGUGGGAAGGCGUUUGCACAUUCAUCAUAUCUUAAAAAACACCAACGAACACACACAGGAGAAAAACCCUUCAAGUGCACUUGCACUGUGUGUGGGAAGGCGUUUGCACAUGCAUCAAUUCUUCAGGUCCACCAGAGAACACACACGGGAGAGAAACCCUUCAAGUGCACUGUGUGUGAGAAGGCAUUUGCAAUAUCAUCACACCUUAAAACACACCAGAGAAUACACACAGGAGAAACACCCUUCAAGUGCACUGUGUGUGGGAAGGCCUUUGCUCAGUCAUCACAUCUUAAAAGACACCAAAGAAUACACACAGGAGAAACACCCUUCAAGUGCACUGUGUGUGAGAAGGCAUUUGCACAUUCAUCACAUCUUAAAACACACCAGAGAAUACACACAGGAGAAACACCCUUCAAGUGCACUGUGUGUGGGAAGGCUUUUGCACAUUCAUCACAUCUUAAAACACACCAGAGAAUACACACAGGAGAAACACCCUUCAAGUGCACUGUGUGUGGGAAUGCGUUCGCACAUUCAUCACAUCUUAAAACACACCAGAGAAUACACACAGGAGAAACACCCUUCAAGUGCACUGUGUGUGGGAAGGCGUUUGCACAUUCAUCACAUCUUAAAAGACACCAGAGAAUACACACAGGAGAAACACCCUUCAAGUGCACUGUGUGUGGGAAGGCGUUUGCACAGUCAUCACAUCUUAAAACACACGAGAGAAUACACACAGGAGAAACACCCUUCAUGUGCACUGUGUGUGGGAAGGCGUUUGCAUGGUCAUCAAUUCUUCAGGGCCACCAGAGAACACACACGGGAGAGAAACCCUUCAAGUGCACUGUGUGUGGGAAGGCGUUUGCAGAGUUAUCACAUCUUAAAACACACCAGAGAAUACACACAGGAGAAACACCCUUCAAGUGCACUGUUUGUGGGAAGGCAUUUGCACAAUCAUCACACCUUAAAACACACCAGAGAAUACACACAGGAGAGAAACCCUUCAAGUGCACUGUGUGUGGGAAGGUGUUUGCAGAGUCAUCACAUCUUAAAACACACCAGAGAACACACACAGGAGAAACUCCCUUCAAGUGCACUGUGUGUGGGAAGGCAUUUGGACAUUCAUCACACCUUAAAACACACCAGAGAAUACACACAGGAGAAACACCCUUCAAGUGCACUGUGUGUGGGAAGGCGUUUGCACAGUCAUCAUAUCUUAAAAAACACCAGCGAACACACACAGAAGAUAAACCCUUAAAACACUCAGCGGGAGAGAAACCAUUCAAGUGCACUGUGUGUUGGAAGGCGUUUGCACAUUCAUCAAUUCUUCAGGUCCACCAGAGAACACACACGGGAGAGAAACCCUUCAAGUGCACUGUGUGUGGGAAGGCAUUUGCAAAGUCAUCACAUCUUAAAACACACAAGAGUACACACACAGGAAAGAGACCCUUCAAUUGCACUGUGUGUGGGAAGGCGUUUGCACAGUCAUCACAUCUUAAAACACACCAGAGAAUACACACAGGAGAAACACCCUUCAAGUGCACUGUGUGUGGGAAGGCAUUUGCACAUUCAUCACAUCUAAAAAGACACCAGAGAAAACACACAGGAGAAAAACCCUUCAAGUGUACUUUGUGUGGCAAGGCAUUUGCACAUUCAUCAAUUCUUCAGGGCCACCAGAGAACACACACAGGAGAGAAACCCUUCAAGUGCACUGUGUGUGGGAAGGCGUUUCCAGAGUCAUCGCAUCUUAAAAUACACCAGAGAAGUCACACAGGAGAGACACCGUUCAAGUGCACUGUGUGUGGGAAGGCGUUUGCACAUUUAUCAAUUCUUCAGGUCCACCAGAGAAUACACACCGGAGAGAAACCCUUCAACUGCACUGUGUGUGGGAAGGCAUUUGGACAGUUAGGACAUCUUAAAAUACACCAGAUAACACACACGGGAGAGAAACCCUUCAAGUGCACUGUGUGUGAGAAGGAAUUUUCACAGUCAUCAUAUCUUAAAAAACACCAGAGAACACACACAGGAGAGCAACCCUUCAAGUGUACUUUGUGUGGCAAGGCAUUUCUAACGUCAUCAAAUCUUAAAACACACCAGAGAACACACACGGGAGAAAAACCCUUCCAAUGUACAUUGUGUGGCAAGGCAUUUGCACGGUCAUCACAUCUUAAAAUACACCAGAGAAGUCACUCAGGAGAGACACCCUUCAAGUGCACUCUGUGUGGGAAGGCGUUUACACAGUCAUCAUAUCUUAAAAGACACCAGAGAAUACACACAGGAGAAACACCCUUCAAGUGCACUGUGUGUGGGAAGGCAUUUGCACAUUCAUCACAUCUUAAAAGACACCAGAUAAAACACACAGGAGAAAAACCCUUCAAGUGUACUUCGUGUGGCAAGGCAUUUGCACAGUCAUCCGUUCUUCAGGGCCACCAGAGAACACACACGGGAGAGAAACCCUUCCAGUGCACUAUGUGUGGGAAGGCGUUUGCAGAGUCAUCGCAUCUUAAAAUACACCAGAGAAGUCACACAGGAGAGACACCCUUCAAGUGCACUGUGUGUGGGAAGGCGUUUGCACAUUCAUCAAUUCUUCAGGUCCACCAGAGAACGCACACCGGAGAGAAACCCUUCAAGUGCACUGUGUGUGAGAAGGAAUUUUCACAGUCAUCAUAUCUUAAAAAACACCAGAGAACACACACAGGAGAGCAACCCUUCAAGUGUACUUUGUGUGGCAAGGCAUUUAUAACGUCAUCAAAUCUUAAAACACACCAGAGAACACACACGGGAGAAAAACCCUUCAAGUGUACUUUGUGUGGUAAGGCAUUUGCACGGUCAUCACAUCUUAAAAUACACCAGAGAAGUCACUCAGAUAAAGAAGUUCAAUUGCAUUCACAGGCCUUUCCCAUUACAAGGGUUUAACUUACAAGUAGUCAAGAGGCAGCGUGAAGCUGGAGGAGGCUGCAAACUGAGUGAAAUGAAACCCAGCAGUUUGUGGAGGUGGACUUUUUGGAGGAUGCAGAGUAGAAGCGGCCAGCAUGUGUGAAUUUGGAGGUUGGGUAGAUCUGUAAGCAGGAGUGGGAGACAAAAAAUCUCCAUAGCGUUCAACGUGUUAUAAUAUUUUGAUUGAUAAUUGGCGCUUGCAUAAAUGUUUUAUUUCUUUCUCACUGUACGUAGCCAAUAUUGCUAAUCAAAGGUGAAAUGCUUCAGCAACUAACAGUGGCUUGUAUCAUUUGAUCUCAAUAGUUGUGGUACAAGGUGACUCAAUACCGACCUGCACGUGGACAUGAGUCUGCCAGUUGGGUGGAGCGAUGAUUGAUGUGUAACCCCAGUUGAGUAAUUUGUGGCUCAUCUUUCGAAUCUGGCAAAUUUUGACUGAUACCAUGAAUGUUGAACAUCCACUGUUAAGCAGAUGGUGCGUAUUCUUGGUCAAUAUUGCUGCAGUAAUCAUGAGGGCUGCCGGACAGAUGUGAACUGUGAACCUCUUAACAAAUAUCAACCAUGCUAUCACUUGGCUUCUAGCAUUCUAAGAAUGCAUGCAGGUGUAGUCAUCAUCCAUUCAGAGAUCGGUGUACAGUAGAUGCAAUGUAAUGUGAUGCAGUAUAUUUCAAUGCAAUAAUUAAAUGUUGGCGAUGUAUCUCUUGAUAAUUUAGAGUUGUAAUUUUAACACGUAUGAUCUUAUUCUGAGCAUAUACAGCAAAAUCUCUUAUCCAGCAUCCAUGGGGAAUCGAGAGUGCCCGUUCAUCAAAUAUGCCGGUUAUCUGAGGUAUACUUUAUGGUUCAGCAAAUUUCUGAAGUAUAAAAAAAAUUCAAGGAAGCAAUUAAGCAUACAUUUCAACUAUGAUAUGAAAAAUAAUUUACUUUUACAGAGGUACCAGUCAUUUGUAGAGCAGCAGUGGUGCUGUAUAGAUUACAGUGUACAGUAGUGCAGUACUGUAUGUACAAGUACAGUGAAACAAUUAGGUUCGGUAGCCCACAACACGAUCACAAUGGCGGAUUGCAAUUGCGACUCCAUUAGCGCCACCACUGACCAACAUCAUGAAGCACGCUCCAAGAUGCCAGAAUUUUUCCCGAUACGUGAAGGAAUAUUUAUAUUGCCGCUUUUGUCAAGAUGCCAGUUAAUAGAGCAUUCCGGAUGGUGAAGUACGUGAUAGCAGAGAUUUUGCUGUACGUACCAUUUCGUAUACAACGGUCAAAAAUGGAAUGUCCUAACUAGACGAACAUUUGUUUUGACAGUAACCUGUGUGGAACAUUUACAUGACUGCUGUUGUUCAUGUGAUACAGGGUCAAAGGUAUUUUUUGUAGCUUAGGAAGCAUAUUCCUCAACUCAUUGUCUUCGAAAUCACGAAUCUAGUAUAUACAAGGAAAAACACUGAAAAGUUACAUGAAUGAGAUUUUCUCCACAACGCUAAUUAUGUUAUCUUGCCUAUAAACGUAUUUUUUUGUCUGC